UGCAGAAGAAAAAAAAUGUACAUCAACUUUGAAGACAUUCAUUGGAAUGAAUGGAUUGUACAACCUAGAGGAUACCAGGCAUACGAAUGUGUGGGACAAUGUCACUUUCCUCUCAACUCUCAUCUCACUCCUACAAAGUACACGGCCAUUAAAAGUCUUCUACACGCAACCUAUCCGAGAAAGAUCAAACCGGCUUGCUGUGUUCCAACUAAAUUGCAGCCUAUAUCAUUGCUCUACUACGACGAUAACAACGUCCUCACCUACAAGUUCAAGUACGAAGAAAUGAUGGUGGCUCAGUGCGGCUGUAGA